UUCCUGACUUGCUUCUCACCAUGGUCAUCCCAGGUACCACUGACCUCAUGGCAAAGACGAACCUCACCUUGGUGACAGAGUUCCUCCUCAUUGCUUUCACUGAAUACCCUGAAUUGGCAGUCCCUCUCUUCCACCUGUUUUUAUUUAUUUAUCUCACCACUUUGUUGGGGAACUUGGGCAUGAUCACUCUGAUCCGCAUGGAUCGCCGGCUCCACACCCCUAUGUACUUCCUUCUAAGCCACCUCUCCUUCAUGGACAUCUGCUACUCAUCCGUCACUGUCCCUCAGACAAUGGCCAUGUUGUUGGAGCACGGAGCAACUUUAUCCUAUACACGCUGCGUUGCUCAGUUCUUUCUGUUUACUUUCUUUGGUUCCAUUGACUGCUACCUUCUGGCCCUCAUGGCCUAUGACCGCUAUGUUGCCGUGUGCCAACCACUGCUUUACGUCACCAUCAUGACGCAGAGGGCACGUCUAGGUUUUGUGACUGGGGCUUACAUCGCUGGCCUCCUCAGUGCCUUGGUGCGGACAGUCACAGCAUUCACUCUCACCUUUUGUGGAAACAAUGAAAUCGACUUCAUUUUCUGCGACCUCCCCCCUCUGCUAAAGCUGACCUGUGGGGACAGCUACACCCAGGAAAUGGUGAUUAUUGUGUUCGCUAUUUUCGUCCUCCCUGCUUCCAUGGUGGUGACUGUGGUAUCCUACCUGUUCAUCAUCGUGGCCAUUCUGAGGAUCCCUUCAGCAGGAGGCCGGGCCAAGACCUUCUCCACCUGCACCUCCCACCUCACCGCAGUGUCUCUGUUCUUUGGUACCCUCAUCUUCAUGUACUUGAGAGAUAACUCUGGACAGGCCUCAGAACAGGAUCAGGUGGUGUCUGUGUUCUACACAACAGUAAUCCCCAUGUUGAAUCCCCUCAUCUACAGCCUGAGAAACAAGGAAGUGAAGGAAGCCUUGAGGAAAGUUCUCAGUAGGAUCAAGCUUUCCUAACCUUUUCCC